GUUUACGGAUUCUCUUGACCAAAAAUGAAGAUAUUUAUCCUAACGGUACUUCUUCCAAUAACGGUUCUCCUCAAUUGUGCUGGAAAAGGCUCUCAAACUGUUAACGCUGCAACUGAGGAACUUCUUGUCAGCGAUGAUAAGGAGAUCAAGGAGAUUAAGGAGAAAGACGAUGAAAGUGACCCUAGUGAUCUAGAUCAAGAUGAUGACAAACAGUUUGAAAAGCUCUGCAGUGGAGAAAUUGUACUACCUGCGCAUGUCCAGAAGAAAUUAAAAUGCCGAUACGUCACUCGCGGAAUAUCUUAUUUGAAAAUAGCACCCUUUAAAGAAGAAGAAGCCUACCUAGAUCCUAGAAUUGUUGUGUACCACGACGUGCUUUAUGAAGAAGAAAUAGAGGUCCUCAAACAAUUAGCAAAACCUGAGUUACAAGUGGCAGAAGUGCGAAAUUUUACUACUGGUGCCGUACAAACUGGUACGGAAAGGAUUGCCGAAAGUGCUUGGAUUUACAAUCUCGGAAAUAAAUUUAAGAAGGUUCUGAGACGUCGAUUGAAGGAUAUGACAGGCUUGGUGGCCGACACAGCCGAGGAUCUGCAAGUAACUCACUAUGACGUCGGAGGCUUUUAUGUAGAACAUUUUGACUUCGUUCCAGAUACGGAUACCGAAUUUUUCGAAAUAGUAGGCACAGGAAAUCGUAUUGCCACUGUUCUAUUCUACAUGAAUGACGUCGAGCAAGGAGGUGAAACAGUCUUCACUGAGUUGAACGUUACCAUAAGCCCUAAGAAAGGUAGUGCAGUAUUUUGGUAUAACCUUAAACGAAAUGGAAGUGGAGAUGUAUUAACUUACCAUGCAGCAUGUCCAGUACUUUCUGGAACAAAAUGGAUUGCUACUUCUUGGUUGCACGAACAUGGCCAAGAAUUCAUCAGGCCCUGUACUUUAUUGGAAAAUGAAUAA